UUUGGUGUGGCGCCGGUCUGUUUGUUUUUGUCCUGUCACAUGAAACUUGUGCAGCGUCACAGGACAGCAGGAUCCUGCACUGCGCAGAGGCGGCAGCAGCCACAGCAGAAGCGACAGCCGCCACCUGAAGAAACCCUGCGACCCAGCACAAGUGGACAACUUCAUAAAGAUGGCUGUUUCGGCACUGUGUUUGGUGUUUUAUGCUUGUGUUUCGCUGCUUUACCGUGUGGAAGCAACGUCAGACACCCUGAGCUCUUUGGAUGCUUCUUUCUGUCAUGGUGGUCUAAAGGUGAUCUAUCCAGUACUGGACAUCGACAAGUGCCUCGUAAUCCCAAAGGAUCCGAACCUCAGAAGGGAGAUCAGCACAGUUUGGAAAGCCCCAAAGGUUUACUUCCCUCAAGCACAAAAGGGAAGGAUGUAUGUUCUGGUGAUGGUUGACCCUGACGCUCCAAGGCGUAACAGUCCAACAUCUGCUUACUGGAGGCACUGGUUGGUCGUGGACAUACAGAGAGCCUGGGACGUGUCAAUGCAGGCGUGUGAGACUGAGAUUGAGGAGAGCAGCAUGCGAGGCGCACACUCUUUCUCCCAUAGAGCUCCAGUCCCUCAGCUCCCCCUCCAGUGGAGAGAUCUUGGCAGAGUGUCCUCCCUUCAUCUGUUCCCCCAGGCAGAGCAGCUCCCCCAAUGAUCCACACUUCUCCAUAUUUUACACCCCCGAAAUGGGCACCGCUCCGAUCCCCUUAUUUCUCUUCAUAUUUCACUCCUUUUUAUCCAUUCGUUUGUGUGUUUUCACAGUCUUGCAUUCUAACGCCAAAUGCGUGUUGAGUUGUUGAUUGCCUCAAAUAUUUGGAGGUUUGCAGACAUUUUAUAAUCCCGCGGGAACCGGGAGAUCAACCCAGUAGAUUAAGACUAGUGGUCUGAAAAACAACCACACAAAGACGCUUCAGCAAUGUAUCAUUGCUGCUGUUUCAUGUUAUAAGGCAUAGUUGUGCAGUAAAGCAAAUGCCACAUUCAUUUAAAGAUUCAAAUGUGAUGUAUCUGGGAUAUAUAUUUUAGUAAACCUUUCAGUGGGUAUAAAUUCAGAAUUCUGUGAUCAGCUCGUCUGCGCUGCGCUUUAGAGAUGAUUUAUGCAACCACACUCCUGCUUCCCUGUAAAAAUGUUUACCUCAUAUCACUCACAUGCAUCUGUGAUAUACAAAAAAAAAAAAAUAAUAAUUUCCACUUUAUAAAAUUACAUUAGGCAUCACCUUUGCUUUUAUUUUUAAGCUCAUAAAGUCUGUCUGGCCGUGUGACCAGCUGUGAAUAAACAAAUGUCUUUCAAGUGCUCAGACAAACCACAUUCUCUCUAGCAAUUCAAUUUCCUGUCACUUGUGUGGGUGUUGACCUGCGUUGCCCAUGUAGGGAUUGGCCAAUGUGAGGUGAUGUUUUUCGGAUUGUGACUGGUGGUUGGUCAGAAGGGUUAAUGAGCCUUUUGAGUGAUGCCAACCCGUAGUGGGAGGUGUUUAAUUGACCAGUGUGGCUAGGUGGCAUCACACAACCUCAGUUUUGUUUUUUGAAGUGUCGAUGUGCAUGUGUUGGUUUUUUGUUUU